AUGUCUGCCGGGGGCGAACACCUCAAGGAUGAGGGCACACCGCGCCAGGUCGUCCUGGCCGGUGGGAUCGCCGGGCUGGUAUCGCGAUUCUGUAUUGCCCCCCUCGACGUCGUCAAAAUCCGCCUCCAGCUCCAAAUCCACUCCCUCUCCGACCCAACCUCCCACCACAACAUCCAAGGACCAAUCUACAAAGGCACUUUCUCGACCCUGAAAUCCAUCCUCAAACAUGAAGGGAUUACCGUACCUCCCCCCCCUCCUCCCCAGUCCCUCUUCCUCCCCAACCCAACCCAACCCAAACUAACCUUCUUUUCAAAUGAAAAGGCCCUCUGGAAAGGCAACAUCCCCGCCGAACUAAUGUACAUAACCUACGGCGCGACGCAAUUCACAACCUACCGCACAGUAACCCACCUCCUGCAAACCCACUCCCCGCGCCCGCUCCCACCCCCGCUCGAAUCCUUCCUCGCAGGCGCAACAGCCGGCGGCCUCGCAACAGCAACAACCUACCCGCUCGACCUGCUGCGCACGCGCUUCGCAGCGGCCGGCCCCGACCGCAUCUACAGCUCGCUCGCGACGUCCGUGCGCGACAUCAUCCAGCACGAGGGCGCGAGGGGUCUCUUCCGGGGAUGCAGUGCUGCGAUCGCGCAGAUCGUGCCGUAUAUGGGUCUCUUCUUUGCGACGUAUGAGUCGUUGAGGCCGAUCGUUGGGUCGGGGGGGUGGGGAGGGUCCGGGGAUGCGGUUGCCGGGGUGGUGGCUAGUGUUUUGGCGAAGACGGGCGUGUUUCCGUUGGAUCUGGUCAGGAAGAGACUGCAGGUGCAGGGCCCGACGCGCGGGUUGUAUGUGCAUCGGAAUAUUCCCGAGUAUCGCGGGGUUGGGGCGACGAUUGCGGUGAUUGUGCGCACGCAGGGCGUGAGGGGGUUGUAUCGGGGGUUAGUGGUCAGCUUGGUGAAGGCUGCGCCGGCGAGUGCGGUGACGAUGUGGACGUAUGAGAUGGCGUUGAAGCAGCUGCGGGAGAUGGGGAUUGCCGACACUUGA